ACGCGCCUCUCCUGUGCAGCCCCCCUCAAGAAGAGCUUUUUAUGGAAGGGAACCUUGGAAUUUUUGAAAGGGAGAAGGAUCUGCAUAAUACCAGUGAAGUGGAUAAAAAACGCACGGCUGGGCUCUUUUUGCGUUCUCUCUUGCGUUUUCUGCUCUGGUGUCUGAAUGAAACAGGGAGGCAAAUAUAAGGGGAAGGGGCACGGUGCAGGUUCUGGACUGGGAGUCGAUCUGUCAGUGUGAUUUUUUGGGUAAACACGUCUCCAGUGCGCCCGUUUUAACUUUUAUUUCUUCAGAAACUGGUGAGCUCGACUCCUCUCCUCUUGCACGGCGGAGUUCGUUUUUCUCGGAACGAGGAGACUUUCGUGUUUUUCCCCCCUCUGAGAAACUGCUUAAACUUUCUACGUUUAAAAAAAUAAAUAAAAAGAUCGGAUUGCAUUUUCCCCCUUCAAACAUUUUGGAGGUGAUGUCAUCGUGCUGUGUUUUGGCUGGUAUUGUGUCGAGAGGGCGCAGGGAGGACUGCUGCAGCCAGGCGGUAACCAGCGGCUGAGGCAAGCGGGGAAGUCCGGAAAAUCAGGUGCAAAGUGCGGCUGUCAUUUCCUCGCGGUGUCGCGGGUGGCUGAGUCCGCCACCCAGUCACAGCUGUUCCCAUCCUCUCCAGCCACCCCUCCCUCCCUCGUCUUUCUCUCCCCUUUAUUAUCCCCUCCCAUUUUCAUUCACCACUCUCCAUAUACCCCUCUGAGCUGGACCGCUCCGGGACCUUAUCGCCCUCUUUGUCGGACACUGUUGGUCGGUGUCACCUGAGCCACAGACCCGUUGAGCCAGCGUGGGGGCGCAGUCAUGACCGAGGCAGCCCUGCAUUACCCUGCGCCCGCAGAGCCCCCGUCUCCAGCUCGCCAUUUGCUCCAUCAGCCAGCCCAGGUAGCCCACCUCCAACAGCUCCUGACCCUGCUCUGCUGGGACUAAACCUGCCUGCUACUCCUGUCUGUACCGGAACAAACACUCCACCACUUUCUUUUAUCAUCUCACCGACUACAGAAUUCAUUUUGGUGACCAGAAGCUUUCUGUUGCGCUGAAACGUUACGCAUUGGAUUACGCAGAAGAUUACGCACGCACCGCAUCUGUCCACAGGGCUGAGCAUCACUCUAAGGGUCAACAAGGUCGAUUGGAGUUGGUUAUCUGUGACGCGUGAGCGCGCUUUCACCUGUUCCUCUCCUUGUCGGGGACGCGCAGCCUUUAAAACCCUAACCUUCCCCCUUUGCUCCCCCGCCCAUCCGUCUCUCCACCGGUCUGGACAGCUGUUAGAGGUUGCCCGGCGGUCACAGUGGCACAGUUACCCCAGCCUCACACCCCACAUUGCCCGCGCCCGCACAUUUACCCACGCCGGGAGAACCGGGGCACGCCGCCGCCGAUGCCAACGGGAGUGUCCGCUGACUCUUUGACUCUGCACAACAUCCAGCGGAUUCAAAACACAGAGGGGAACUCUCCGGACUGUCGGACUGGCUCAGACCGAGCGAGGAGACUGUCUCUGGGACACGUUCCAUAGUGGAGGGGGGAAGCAAUGUGGCCCCUUCUUUCCACGCUGACCGUCUUAUGUAUCCAGAUGUUGCUGGUGAUGUGCAAUCCAUUACAGCAGGUACUUGGUGUGGAUGGGGUCAACUUCAGUGUGCAUGUGGAGAACCAGACGCAGGUGCGAGACACCAUGAGUCGGCGACACCACCGGGUCUACCAGCUCUACAGCCGCACCAGCGGCAAACACGUCCAGGUGCUGGGACGCAGAAUCAGCGCUCGAGGAGAAGAUGGAGACAAAUUUGCCCAGCUCGUAGUGGAGGCCGAUACCUUUGGCAGCCAGGUGAGAAUCCGGGGCAAAGAAACCAAUUUCUACCUUUGCAUGAACCGUCGUGGCAAGCUGGUAGGAAAGGUGAGACUUCUUUCUUUUAGAGAUGUGUUUAUCAAAAAUCAAAUUAUCUUUCAGUUUCCUGACCAGCCUCUUUUUGUUUCUCCCAAUGUGUGUGUGUGUGUGUGUGUGCGGGUACCUGUGGUUUCUCUGCUCUCUCAGAAGGCCAGUAAUCGAAGCGAUGACUGCGUCUUUGUGGAAAAGGUUCUGGAAAACCACUACACAGCUCUGAUGUCAGCACGCUACACAGGCUGGUACGUGGGCUUCACUAAAAGAGGCCGUCCUCGCCGCGGGCCCCACACGCUCCCCAACCAGCAGGACGUACACUUCAUGAAGCGCUUCCCGCCUGGGGAGCAGCCCGACCUCACCACCCCCUUUCGCUUCACCACCGUCAGCAAGCGGGGAAAGCGGGUGCGCGCUACUGGGCCCCGCUAGUAGUGGCUAACGCUAGCACCCACUGUCUUGUCGUCCAAAGCCUUGACCUGAGCCUGCCAAUGGCUAACCCAGUCAUCUCCUCUGUCGCACACGACUGAACACCUCCCUUUGUUGGGACAAACAUUGACCAGAAACUUGAUGAAUCAUUCAUGGGGUUUAGCUUUACACCUACUAAUUUGCCACUACAGCCCCUAGUUAGUGAUCAUUCCUCUCAAAUUUAGUUCCCUUACUGGACCAACUGGAUCAUUACUGGUCCAUUGCUGGAAGCUCUAUGGACCUGAUCUGCUUCUCUUCAUAGGCCAGAAAUACUGAGAGGGAACCUGAAGGGCAGCCAGAGUCCCAAGCUCUACAAAGGCCUUUAUUCCACAACCACAAAAACCACAAGGCCUUCAUGUCUCCUGUUCUGGACUCACUGGACAACGUCAAGUAUGGGAUUACAACUGGACCAUACAGAGAGAGGACAAGGGCGGGAAAGACUGACUGAACAAGGGAGUGGGUGCUUAGCCUACGGAUAAAGGGAAAAGAGGAAGGAGAGGACAGGAAAACGGCAUAGUGGACAAAGGGAUAGAGAAAUCUGCACAGAUCAAAUGGACCAAUAAUGGACUGUUGACAUGUGACGCACUUAUUUGUCUCACUGCUAAAUUGGUGGGUACCUGUGAGACUGUCGGAUGAAUGGAUGACAAAAGGAUGAAUGAGGGAAUGAUCGAGUGAGUGAUGUACUGAAUAAACGCAUGUUUGUAAGAACAGGAAGACGAGGAAAUGUAUGUAAGUGUGUGUGUGUGUGUGUGUGUGUGUGUGUGUGUAUGAGUGAGUGCACCAACAACCAAGAGUGAAGCUGGAUCACAAGGGACUCUGGAAAGGGACCAUUCAGUCCCUGCAUGAACCCGUGACAACUCACCGCAGGGACUGAAGCUUUAGGAACUGGAAUGUAUAAAAACCAAGCUGCACCAAAAACAGCCAGCCAACCAAACCAACGACCGACCAAAGACAACUGGAGACCUUCUUCAUGACUCCUCCACACGCCCUGCCCCCCCCCCCAGAGGACACUAUACCCUCUGCUUAUAGGUGCAGAGGGUGCUGAGCGCAGGGGCGAGCACGGCGGGAGGGUGCCUUGUCUAUUAGCAUUGCUAUAGAAACGACCCAGGGGAUGAUGCUCCCGUGCGAUACCGUGGAUACAGAAUGCUGCUACCAGGACAUUCAGUGGAACAAACCAAAGUCUCAUGCAUACACACAGGAGAAAAAAUAUUAAAGGGAACAAUUUAUUGAAAGUUAUAUAUAUUAUAUAUAUAAAAGAAGACAGAAACCCUAAAUAAGCAAUCUUACUAUGAUGGUUAUUAUAAUUAUUACGAUAAAAUUAUUUCAUUUAUUUAUUUCAGCUCUGUGUGCAGCAGUCUUUCUCGACUCAGUAAACCUUAC